AUGUUGUUGAGAAAAGGCAUUGCCUUGGUUAUUGUUUUGGUGGUUUUGGGGUCCUUAGAGACAUGUUUGGCACAACAGAAACAGAUCAAUAGAGGAAGUUUUCCGAAAGGUUUUGUUUUUGGGACUGCCGCUUCUUCUUAUCAGUAUGAAGGAGCAGUGAAAGAAUCAGGAAGAGGAAUGACUGUCUGGGAUACAUUUGCACAUUCAUUUGGAAAGAUAAUUGAUUCCAGUAAUGCUGAUGUUGCUGUAGACCAGUAUCACCUAUUUGAUGAGGAUAUUAAACUUAUGAAGGACAUGGGAAUGGAUGCCUACAGAUUCUCAAUUGCCUGGUCUAGGAUUUAUCCUAAUGGAUCUGGAGAAAUCAAUCAGGCAGGAGUGGAUCACUACAAUAAUCUCAUUAAUGCUUUACUAGCCGCCGGAAUCGAACCAUAUGUGACCAUCUACCAUUGGGACCUUCCUCAAGCCUUGGAAGACAGAUACAAUGGAUGGCUCGAUCGCCAAAUCAUAAAGGACUUUGCAACAUAUGCCGAGACAUGCUUUCAGAAAUUUGGUGAUAGAGUGAAGUAUUGGAUUACAUUCAACGAGCCUCAUACGUUUACCAUACAAGGUUAUGAUUUGGGUCUCCAGGCUCCAGGACGCUGCUCCAUCAUUGGUCACAUUGUUUGUAGAGCUGGAAACUCUGCAACUGAACCAUACAUAGUCGCCCACAAUGUUCUCAUUUCUCAUUCUAUCGUGGCAGAUAUUUAUAGACGUCAAUACAAGCCAAAACAAAAAGGAUUACUUGGGCUAUCAUUUGAUGUUAUGUGGUUUGAACCUACAACAAACACCACAAAGGACAUUGAAGCAACACAAAGAGCGCAGGAUUUUCAGUUAGGCUGGUUUAUCGAACCUUUGAUUUUUGGGAAUUAUCCGAGCUCAAUGAUCAGUAGAGUUGGGAGCCGGUUGCCAAAAUUUACAAAAGUCGAGUCUGCUCUUCUCAAGGGAUCCUUGGAUUUCGUGGGCAUAAAUCACUACACAACAUAUUAUGCAAACGAAAAUUCAUCUAAUUUAUUACCAAUCCUACUUAAUGACUCCCUAGCGGACUCUGGAGCUGUUACCCUCCCAUUCAAAUAUGGACAACCUAUAGGAGACCGGGCAAAUUCUAUAUGGCUGUACAUAGUACCUCAUGGGAUUAGAAGUUUAAUGAAUUACAUCAAGGAAAAGUACGGAAACCCUCCAGUCAUUAUCACUGAAAAUGGAAUGGAUGAUCCAAAUGAUCCAUUCGUUCUGAUUAAAGAUGCCUUAAAGGAUGAGAAAAGGAUCAAAUACCACAAUGACUAUCUCACAAACUUGCUAGCUGCUAUCAAUGAAGAUGGAUGCAACGUUAAGGGUUAUUUUGUAUGGUCGCUAUUGGAUAAUUGGGAGUGGGGAGCAGGGUAUACUUCUCGCUUUGGUCUCUAUUUCGUGGAUUACAAAGACAAGUUGAAGAGAUACGCCAAGGACUCGGUUAAGUGGUUCAAGACUUUUCUGACUACUGCAUAAAAAAAUGAGACACUACAACACAUUAUUGCAUAAACAUGUAUAAGGGUUGUUUCUGUGCAUUUUGUUUACUUUUGGGAACUUCAUUAUUGGAGGACAUGUUCAGUUGGAAUGAUUUAGAAAAUGGGUGGAAAAAUUGCUCACCAUUUGGUGUUCAAGUGUUUGUUGUUUGAAGCAAGUAGAAAAAUCAAUUGAUGUGCAAAAAUUUCUCAGUA